UCGUCAGAACCGGAGCGCGGCGCCCAAGAUAUUUGUUAAUGUCGAUCAAACGUUAAAAUAAAAACGUCAGCCCGGUUUAACGGCUUCGGUUUGGCUCUUGACGCGCCCGGAAGUGAGCGCUUCACGCCGCGCUAGGCCCCAAAGGGGGCCGCCCUUCCGCUUCCGGGCCAAAGGUGGUCGCCAUGGCGGUGCUGGCUUCCAAUCCCAACAACCCCGUGGUCUUCUUCGAUGUCACCAUCGGCGGGCAGGAGGUGGGCCGCAUGAAAGUGGAGCUCUUCGCCGACGUGGUGCCCAAGACGGCCGAGAACUUCAGGCAAUUUUGCACAGGUGAAUUCAGGAAAGAUGGUGUUCCUAUCGGUUACAAAGGCAGCACUUUUCACAGGGUUAUAAAGGAUUUCAUGAUCCAAGGAGGCGAUUUUGUAAAUGGAGAUGGCACUGGAGUGGCCAGCAUUUAUCGGGGACCUUUUGCCGAUGAGAACUUCAAACUGAAACACUCAGCGCCCGGCUUGCUCUCCAUGGCCAACAGCGGUCCCAGCACCAAUGGCUGCCAGUUCUUCAUCACCUGCUCCAAGUGCGACUGGCUCGAUGGGAAACACGUGGUUUUUGGUAAAAUAAUCGAUGGGCUUCUGGUCAUGAGGAAAAUUGAAAAUGUGCCCACCGGGCCAAAUAACAAACCAAAACUGCCGGUGGUGAUUGCCCAGUGCGGAGAAAUGUAGUGCAAGUCGGAACUGUAGCCAUGUUUCUUGCCCCUGGUGUGGAGGGUUGGCAGCCCACAUGGCCUCUCAGCAGCAGGGAGGAUUGGAACCUCGCUCACAGCAAAGCUUGCAAGUUUCCUUGUGGUCUAACUUGGCACAAAAUCCUUGCACUCUAGAAGCCAGGACGCAGUGAAGGAAGCUGCUCUGUGCCUGGGACCCUCCUUUUCUGCACCGACUGUGUCACCACCUCAAGGGGAGGCCACCAAUGUAAACCCUGCCCCGGAUUCUGCAUGUGGGGAAAACCCACCGCUGGGGACUAAUUGUUUACCUCUUCCUGA